GUUAAUGAGUCUUAGUGGUUUGUUAGGAUGAGAAUUGGACAGUCGUGCUGGGUGUUGCUGGCAGUCCUGCUACUGUCUCCAAUUCAUGCCGAAAAGAAGAUUACCGACAAUAUCGAUAAGGCUGAUGAUGGCGAGAAAACUCAAGAGAAGAUAUCAGCGUCUCUCAAGCUCGCCGAUGAGGACGUCAAAAACACGACGAGUAAAGUACGAGGAGUAGUGGCAUCCGCAAUGAAGAUACCGGAGAAGCGGGAACAAAUCGGCGAAGUAAUACCAAUAAUACGUAGCAUGUCACAGCCACAAAAGCUGGCAAUGGCAACUCUAAUCUCCACUAGAAUAUCCAAUAACGACACGACCUCUUCGCCACUUGAAGAAGUCGAGUCUUUUUUCGGUGGAAACAGAGAAAACGCGAGCAGGGAUUUAAUGCUGCCGAUUAGCAUGGACAUAGCGAAGAUCAUAUCCAAUGAUUCCGAUUCCGAGGAGAGCGAAGAAGAGGAUGAGGACGAGUUGCCCGAGGUGUUACCUGAAGCUCAAGAGCUGCGGCUAGUUAGAACGCAAGAGCGACGGCGGCCUAUAAUCGUUAAACCAAUACGGCCUAUGAGGCCGUCUCUUCCAAACAGGAGGAACGUUUACACAGGUUUAUCGAGACCGCCCGUGAUGUGGCCAACUAAACGGCCGAACGAUCCGAAGAGGAGGCCCACGGAAAACGAAUGCACUUUCUUCACGAAGACGGUGUGUCUCGAGGCCAACGAUUAUCCACAUGAGGCGAUAAUAAGAAGUUUAAGGUCCAAUAAGGAAAUGGUAUUAGCAUUGUUGACCGAUUAUAAAGCGCAAGACGGAAGUGCGGAAGAAAAAUUGCCAAGCGCUUUAUCAUUGGAGAACAGAUACGAGAAUAAUGAGAUUAAAAGACGAUCUGACAAUUCCUUCGACAACGUAGAGGAAGGUUUUACUUGUCCAUCAACUGUCAAAUAUGCUCGCCCACAAUUAGCAAGAGCUGCUUCCGGAGUGUGGAAGUAUAUAAUAAACACAGGUGAACACACCCAGACAAUACGACUGGAGAAAUGUUCCAAUCCACAGUCAAGUUGCUCAUUCAUCUCAGAAAACUAUCGUUCCUCCUGCGUGCAAAUCUAUAACUAUCACAGAUUGCUGACCUGGGAUCAGAAACUGGGACUCCAUAUGGACAUAUUCAAAGUGCCGACCUGUUGCAGCUGUCACGUACACGGUUACGCCGAGAUCUUUCCGCCACAUCAAAAGGAUCCCCCGGCGAAGCCGAAGGAGUCGUUCCCGGGUGCCGAUUUCGCGACAAUCAAUGACCAGAAGGACGAUUUUCAGGAUCUCAACAAGCCUGUCGUUCUCAAUCAUAUUACCAAGUAUACUCCCAGUAUAAACUUCGACUCCAGCCACGUAUCCAGCAACAAGAAAUCAGUGUUGGAGGACGUCAACCCGACGAGUAGACCCAGCUUUACUCUGCCUGGUAGCAGAACUAGACCGAAGAAGCCCUCGCCGAUCCCGCGGCCGUACGAUAAAUUGCCGCAACAGCACGCGCCCAACACGCGAGCACCGGGUUACAAAGGACCAUUGACCAAGAGCAGCAGACCCAAUCGACUCAAUAGGCCACCUUACAGACGAGAAUCCACCACUCACGAAGAUUACACGGAGAUUUCCCGUAAUAUAACUAGCCGAUACAGUCAACCGUACGAUCAGGACGUAGAUUCCACGUCGAGAUUGCAGAACGGAGGCUUUGACGAUGAGUACCAGGAACCGCAGAGGAGAAUCAAUUAUAACUAUCACCCAAUCAUAGAUUUUUUUAAACCGGAGGCUUCCAUGUUGAAAUCCGCAGAACCGCAACUCGCCAUUCAGUCGACAUCGGUUCAAAGUGACAACGCGUGGAAGCCGAUGAUAUCUUAA